UUCCUCCGAUUUCGCGUUCCUUGAUCAUCCAUUCAGAGCGGAUUUGUUUGAUUCCUGGAAAAAUUUCACCUUCCGGUUCUCGAUUGGAGUAGUCUAUCCAGCUAGCUUAGUCUGCUUUGGUUGCGAAUUCUACCUUUGAUAUAGUUCUUUCCAUAAUCUUUCUUGCUUCUUCUCCUCGUUUAUCUUCGAAAGCGCAUUUCUUACUUUGUUUUUAAUCACGAGUAUUAGGGUGCUGUUCGAGUUUAUUUAUUUAUUUGGGGGAAAGCGGACACUUUUAUAUGUUUGAUCAUUGUUGAUCUGCUUUUCCCAACGCCCUUGUUGUGUUCUCCUUGCACUUUGCUUUCUGGCCUUCGUUACGUGAAAAAGGGGAAUGAAUCAGAUGCAAAAUGAGAGCAGGAAAACAAUGAUUCUAGAAAAAAGGAUGGCUUCCCUAUCUAUUAAAGAAAAAGGCAUCAGUGUGGGUUCUCUAAGUGGAGAAAAUUGGGUUCUGAAAAAGGGACCUUGGACUUCUGUAGAGGAUGCAAUUUUGGCUGAUUUUGUUAAAAGACAUGGCGAGGGAAAUUGGAAUUCUGUUCGGAAGCACACAAGUCUUUCUCGGUGUGGCAAAAGCUGUCGUUUACGGUGGACUAAUCAUCUCCGUCCAAAUUUAAAGAAAGGCACUUUCACACCACAGGAAGAACAAUUGAUUAUUGAACUCCAUGCUAAGAUUGGAAACAAAUGGGCUCGUAUGGCUGCACUUAUGCCUGGUCGAACCGAUAAUGAAAUAAAGAACUACUGGAAUACCAGAAUAAAAAGACACCAACGAGCCGGUUUGCCUCUAUAUCCUCCUAAUAUACGCUAUCAAGCAUCUGAGGAAAAUCAGCAAUACAAGAAUGCCAGUGAGCAUAUGUACAGCGACAAGCAUCCCAAUGAUGGCUUUCGGGGAAGCAUUUUUGAAAUGUCUGAUAUUCAUGAUAUUGUAGCCGACAACUUCUAUGCCUAUCACAGGGCUUUUGAUGCACCAUCCUCAGAUGUACAAGUUAGUAGCAUGCUCUGUCGGCAGUUUGGAUCGCAAAACUAUAUUUUGGGGAAUCCAGCAUUGCCUAACAUGAAGCGACUUAGAGACUCUGAGAAGCAAUGCAGUGGUUUCACUGAUAGCAUCUCUGACGAACAUUCCAAGUCCAAGCAUAUUGUGCUAGAACCUUUGUGGAAAAAACAGAAGACUUUCAUAUUGGGUUAUCCCUGUGAUCCUGAUCACCAGAGCAAGGCCCUACAAAGUUCCGGAGGUGCAAAUCAUGGUGGUCAUGUCCUAAACGGCACAUCGUCCGCUCCUAGUCCUAUUCUCGGGGCUUCGGAGUUGGAGCUCCCUUCAUUCCAAUGUACAGAAACUGAUACUAACUGCUGCUUUCCAUGUUCAUCCACUCUCAUGUCAGUGGAUGCCUAUGGUGAAUCUCCGUCCGCAGCAGUCUCAUCGCAAUCUGACUGUACCUCGCCGAGAAAAAGUGGCCUACUGGAAGCACUGGUACAUGAAGCACAGGCAAUUAGCAAGCCGAAGUUCUUCGGUUUCCCGCAUCCUAAUGCUUCUUCAAUUUCUGCAGGAUUCAAAAACAAGGCGACCGAAAUUUCUUCUUGUCCAAAUCUCGGAGAAAAUGGCUCCGUUUGGCCGGACUGCUCUAUUCUGAAUGAUUCCCUAUCGACAUUCUUAGAGCACAACGACUACAAAUCCGUAACUGCUGCGACACCAUCUGUUGGACUCGACUCGUAUCCAUGGACCUGCAUGCCUCAUACAUGUCGAAUGCCUUGAUUCGAGCUGCGUCUCGGCUAGUUUCGCGCAUUUCUUCCCCAUUGUAUCUUUACCUCUCCGGGGCUUAUGACUUUGUUCUGAAUAAAAUGCUCUCUCAGACUACAACCAUUUUGUUGAGGCCUAGUUUGAACAAGACAAUCUGUAGAGAGAUCAAAUUAUAACUCUAUAAACGCUGCAGUUGUGUUUCUAUUUCUCUUCCA